UCCCCAGUUCAGUUGCAUGAAUUUUGUACGUCGGAUAGUUGUGUGCGACGGUCGUUUCGGCGCGAAUAAAUAAUGGGCAUUGCUAAAAUGCUGUACAGUUAAAAUCUCAAAAUUAUUUUUAUUAUUAAAUUGUAUAAAACGGCAAUGCAAGCAAACACGAAUUUAUCCCAUAAGCAAUUAUAAGCAUAAAAUAUCUAUCUGGACUGCGGUCGUGCGCGUACGCGGGAGAAAAGUGAAAUUAGUUACUAUUGGACAUUAAAUUGUGUGCAUACCACACUGAAAAACGAAAUAAACUGCGUAGAGGGCGUGAGCGGGCCUUGCAAAAUAAGCACUAAACUGGCUCAAAACGACAAAUUAAGCUUCUUUCUGAAGAACAUGGAGGAGGAGGAGGAGGAAGUGACGGACCUGAAACUUCAGUUAUUCCACAAUACCAUACGGGAGCACAUUAUAUUUUUGCUGCUCAUCAUUUUACUUUACUUUAGCUCCUAUGUGGUUGUCUCUCGCUUCCGCCGACGCGAUCGCGACGAUCUCUACUCAAAUGACGAGGACGAGGUGCUGGUCUAUCGCAUAAGCUUUUGGUUGUGCACCUUCACGUUGGCCGUGGCUGAGGGUGCGGCUAUGCUGUUGCCCGUUUCCAUAGCAAGCAACGAGGUUCUGCUACUAUAUCCCAACAGCUACUACGUCAAAUGGCUGAACAGCUCUCUGAUACAGGGACUGUGGAAUCAUGUUUUUCUCUUUUCAAACCUAUCGCUUUUCAUCUUUCUGCCCUUCGUCUACCUGUUCUCCGAGUCGACGGGCUUCGUGGGCCACAAGAAGGGCAUCCUGGCCCGAGUCUACGAGACGUUCAUCGUAUUCCUGUUAAUGGCUAUCAUUGUGCUUGUGCUGACCGCCGUUCUGAGCGCGGUGUUUGGCAUUGAAAAGUUUCAAUUCUUCUGGUUUCUAAAUUUGGGCAGUGUUCACCUGCCGUUCCUUUAUUCAUGUGUCUCAUUUCUGGGUGUAAUGCUAAUGCUGAUUUGUACGCCGUACGGGUUUGUGCGGCUCUUUGGCGUUGUCAACCAGGUGCUGGUGAGGCCAAUGUUGCUGCGAGACGUGAACGAGGAAUUCAGCGCGUUCUACAUGGAGGAGGCGAGCGUUAAGCGCAAGCUGGCUCACAUUGAAUUGCACAAUGUGAGCAUUUUAGAUGCGGCGAACGGCAAUCGCUUACCCAUGGGCAGUGGCAAUGGCAAUAGCAAUGGCCAUGGUCGCUCACUGAGCUAUCUACCACAGCCGCUUCUGCAACAUUCUCUGGCGCAUUUGUAUCAGCGCAAAACGCUUGUCGGGAAUGUGAACGAGCACCAGCUGCUGCUAAAUGAAAGACUGAGAGAGCUGGACAGUGAACGCAAGGAGUUGGACAAGAUGCGCAAGUCGAGCACCUUUCAACGCACAUUUGUCUACCCGCUUGCCAUGCUGCUGUUGCUCUUCUGCACGGCCGUAACUAUACUCCUAGUUGUGCAGAACACAUUGGAGCUGCUCAUAGGCAUUAAGGCGCUGCCAUUGAGCACUAGGCAAUUUACGCUUGGCAUUUCCUCGCUUUCAAAACUUGGCCCCGUUGGCGCCGGCAUGGAGGUGUGCCUAAUUUUCUACUUGGGUGCCACCUCAGUAGUCGGCUUUUAUAGCAUGCCCUUCAUGAGCAAUGUGCGACCGAAGCGGCGACAAACAUCACUGCCCCAGCUGAUGCUAAAUUGCGGCUUCAUGCUGGUGUUGUCCUCAGCUCUGCCGCUGCUAAGCAGAAUCAUUGGCAUUACAAACUUCGAUUUGCUGGGGGACUUUGGUGCUAUCGAGUGGCUCGGCAAUUUUCAGAUUGUAUUGCUGUACAAUCUCGUAUUUGGCACAACGACUGCGCUGUGCCUGGCCAACAAGUUUACGGCGACGGUGCGACGCGAGCUACGUGCACGGUUAGUGGAGAACUAUGUGCUCUUUACUAACUACAUGAGCUUCAUCAACUGAUAUUUAAGACAGCGACACAACAAAGGGUUACCCUGUCAGCGACAGCGCGACGCUGAUCAGCUGCUCAGGCGCUUUGUUGAGUCGCCCCUGAAGAGUCUUACUAGUUUAUAUGCCAAUUACUACGAUCUGAGAAAGAGUAGACGCAUUAAUACCACCGCUAGUCGCCAGGCAAACCAGAUGGACUGUUGAGAAAUGAGAGAAAUGUGAAGGUGAACCUUCAAACAUGAUUAUAAUACACCUUAUACAGAACUGAUAUUGAUAUUUAAAUGUGGCGCUGUUUAUUGUUGUGCUUAAUUGUUAUAGUUUAUAGGGCCCUGAGAGGUGUACGUGCAGCAUUUCAACUUUAUUUUUCCGUUAAUGCGCGUACACACAUCCUCACACACACAAACACAAAAGCACACACUUAUGCAUAGACACAAUAUUGAAUAACUCUAUAAUUCAUAUUUGUGAACGUCUAUCAAAUUUUAUUUUAUAUACAAUCUUCGCGUACAACAUAAACUGCUGUCAACAGAAUAGGUUUAGUCUAAAUUGUAGGUGUUUUUGGAAAUUUUAUUAGUCUGAGUCUUUAGUCAACGUCGAUUCAGGUCGAUACCCAUUUCAUGCAUAUUUAUUCAGUAAUUUUCGUAAUUGUACUAAUUUAAAGAAAACCAUUUUAACGCAUGCGUCUCAUUGUCAUUCUUAAUCAUA